GAGAGCGAGGGGCGGCCAGACCGCAGUUUGCGUUGAGGACCGCUGGGCUGGGAGAGGGGUACGCAACCCUACCUGUGUCAACUCAGAUUCGUACAGCUCUAAUCGUUCUGUUUAGCUCGGUCACGGCUGCGGGGUCCCGAGAAAAGGGAAACAAACUAUUUAUUUUUUUCUUCUUCUGGGAUAUUCUCGUUGGAUUACGAAGGAAAUCUUCCCCAGACUUUAUGGAUUAUAAGCUAACGCCAAGACCAAUACAUAGGAUACUGGUCUGCUUGACUAUUGGCUAACUUAAAGAGGUGAGAAUCACAAGCGUCUGCUAAGGAUGACUGCGGUCAGAGAGUAGCCCAUGGCCAUGCCAAGAUGAAUGACCUGUUCUAUCUGGGGAUCAUUAUCCCAACAGUCAUCACCAUCGUCCUCUUUCUGAUUUUCAUCUACUGUUGGUUUCUCCAGAAAGCUCGUAAGGAGGUGCUGACCAAGAAGUAUGACCCCCACGGAAAAAUGCGACGCUUGGGCAUGUCUAUGGACCCUCCGCCACCUCCGAGAUUUUGCCAAGCGGGACAAUGCUUGCUUCCAGAAACAGGAGAGGACAACUGUGCUUACGACGUCAGCCGCAGCCCGUCCACUGAACAGGAAGGCCAAGGUCAGCCCAUGUACCACACAUAUCAUGACAGCGGCAUCUCUAAUUGUCUGUCGCCUAGUCAUGACCACGAGCCCAUUGGAGAUUUCGCCUAUCGUGCUUGCCCGGACUCAGGUUUCUCCCUGAGUUUAAAUCCGGGAACUUAUGGCCAUCAGCAGAGUGACCAGAGACUAAUUAGUCCCCUGAGUCCCUGUGAGCACCAUCCCCUGUUCUACUAUGGCCAACACCAACACAGCUCAGCAUCGCAGUUGGCGCCCGGCAGGGGAGGUUUCUCUCCAGAACCUUUGAGGCCCCACCAAAUUCUCACCGACCAGAUACAGGUCCACGCAGGAGGCGAACAAGGCUUCUUCCAGCAUCCAAUGCCACAGGCCGACCUUCGGCCUAAAGUCCAGCCAGCGUCCGUCCACCCAAGCCACGGGGUCUGCUACGGCGACGACACCCGGCACCCUCAAUGCUCACAGCAUUACGAGCCACCACAGCUGUGCCGCGGCAGUCUCGUGCACCACAACCAGCAGGCGGAACAACAACAUGCGCACAGACCGCCACAAAGCUUGUUCCGAGACCCCAGUGUCUCUCAAAUAAACAUAAUCAAAAACUGUCCAAACCAGACAGUAAGCUACAAUAUAUCCCCAACCAAUCCAGUGCCCAAUGGUGCAUCGUCUUUAGACUUUAACUAUCCAAUGAAAUCAGAAAGACUUUUAAUGAACAUCCCAGUGACGAGUCUUUCCCAGAACUGUCACUCAGAUCCUUGUGUUCAACGAUGUCUUCAUUUACCAUUGACUACAUCUAUAGCAUAUCAUUCUCACGCUUCUUCCUUGACCUCGCCACUGGGCAUGAGCCAUUCCUACAACAAAUCUGGACUGGACACAUCCCAUGCCCAGAACAGUGAGCGGCCAGACUCCCAGGCUUCUCAGUCUUCGACUACAGACUCUGAAGACUCGGGAUUCCGAAGCUCCCACCACAAGAGCAACCUCGGCAAGCAGGGCAACCCACUGAUGAAGCCCACGCGUAGGAUUAAGAACAAGAAUAAGAUCCAGCAGCCAGGAGCAGCCUCUCCGAUGACCCCCAUGGUCACGCUCAGUCCGCAUCAGCUCCAGAUCAGCCAUGACGUCAUUCAAACCUCGUCCAUCAUGGGUGUUGACCUGGCUCACAGAUCUCCAGGUGUUCUCAAACAAAAUACAAGCAGCGGCAACCUGGAAAGAGACAACGGCUGUUUCCCACAAGGAUUUCAUCAAGGAUUAAGCUACCGCAAUUCCCCCAGCUCAGAGGAAAAAAAUCCCCUCGCCCAGAAAAUCGAAAACUGGCCGCCACAGUCCACUAACGAUAGGGAGACUGUGGUCAAACAAAACAUUGACCUGAGUGACAUCAGCACACACCUGAGCUGGAAGUACCAGCAGGACGCUGGUCAGUCAGGCGGCAUCCCGCCCUUAAGCCCGAACCAGAACAACCGACUUCAGCAGUCCUGCCAUCAAGGCAUGGGCAGUGGUCAGAUGAUGAAAAUGACUGCAGACCAACACAUGGAGCUGGUCGGUUAUUCCGUCGUGUAGACUGUUACUUGUGCCACACUUUCUAGUGAUGACCAAAACUGAGCCCUGUCCUGUUCAAACUGUGUUAUUUAUUGCAUUAGGUCACAAUAUCGGAUUUACCCGAUACUAUUUAUAAGAACAUUGCGCGUGACACGGGGAUUAUCCGAUUCUAUUUAUAGUAACAUUUGCGCGCAAGAUGUGCGCGCCACAUGUACGUAGCAGUAAAACUACACUUGUGCAUUCAAAUGUCUAGACAUCUUUCUUUUUUUUCCCUUCAUAAAAGUGAUAGCAAGAGAAUGUUCAUGUGUAAGAAAGAGUGAGAUAGUAUUUUCUCUUGUGUGAUUGCGUUGUAGAGAAUGAACUGCUCUAGGACUAGAUGCCCAGCAGCAAUGGCUCAACUACACCUACAGUAUUAAACAAUCCGGCAUGCUACGAGUGUUGGGGGGGGGGGAUGAUGGAAGAAAUGGAGAAUUAAAAUAGAGAAAAAAAAACAAUAUUCGUGUAUUAAUAUUCAAAAACAUGCUAACUAAAAAUAAUAUUCAAAAACAUGCUAACUAAAAAUAAUAUUCAAAAACAUGCUAACUAAAAAUAAUAUUCAAAAACAUGCUAACUAAAAAAAUCAUUAGAAAGUGAACAACUUAUAUAAAGGUAACAGCUGUACAUUUAGGUCGGAGUGUACGAAAGUGUGUUUUAUAUUAUCAAACAACAUUAAUUAAUUCCGACUAAUUACUUUUUUAAAAAUAUUAUUUAUGUGGUGUUAGGGACAUUGAAUAUUUGCGCGAAGUUUCAACUUGAUCUGAGAACAGGAAGUUGGAGAAAUAACGUGUACACACCAUUUGAACUAGACAGACCGAGUAAUUUGAUAUAAAGUUUGUAAUGAGUCCCUUCAUGCCAACUACAAAAUUGCAAUUCUUCUCUGUAAGAAAGUACACAGGUUUCUAAGUCCUGCUAUGGUUUCCAGUGAAGUAUCACUCAAACAUUGGACUCUGGUAUUUACCUCUGUACUAGGGUGACACUGUCAUGUGACUGAUGCCCUAAUGAACGGAAGUUUGGGUUAUGAGAAGUGCAAAUGAUAUGACCUAUGACCUUAGAUGGCUGCCUGUGAAAGUCCAGUGCACACGUUGCCCAUGGUAGAAGAAAAAAUUUAUACAACAGCAGCUGCUGGGAAAGGGGGGGGGGGUGAUGACCAUCAAGUGUGAGACAAAACAGUCUACGAUGUUUAUAUUUGACUGUGACAGACUACAUUGAGAGCAUUACUGCUCUUUAAACACGGAACAUUAUAAUCGGAAAAACAGCUAAUAGUUUGUGUAUCAUUUUAGGUGUAGGCUACUCAUCAUAAAAAGUGGAGACUUUGCUUACACACAAUUUUACUCCAUCUAAACAUGACAAACAAACAUUUACUGCUGCAGGGGUAAACCACUGUUUAGAAAAUACGAAAAAACAUGCAUAUAUGUGACCCUGCCGGACCAAGUAUUUUCUAAACAUAGCAACAAUGUAAGAACGUUUAUUUGAAUCCUCCAAAUAACAAUGGCCACAAAUUGGUGCACAAAAGGGAAAAAAUAAUUGAAACGAAAAUAAGUAAUUGAUUUAUAAAUAAAACCACAAUUUAUAGGGCUCGUCCAUCGUGGUUCCACUUUUGUGGGGCUGAGGGCUUUGCACUGGGGUUUAGUGCCUCCACAUGUGGCUGAUGAGACCUAAGUGAGCCUAUAAUGUUCGGCUGCACACCAGGGAGGUGAUUCCAGCUAUAGCUAAUGUCAUUAGUUGUUGUUUUUUCUCUGGCUCCUCUGCCAGAAAAUAUUAAAUAAACGAAAAACCAGACAGUUAUAAGAGUUAAACACAUAUAAUACAGCUAAGCUCCAUUCUCCAUUCAAUUGAAAUAACUUACAACAAAACCUUACAACAUUUCAGUUCCAUGUGUUGCUUCAUAAAGUGUUGCAGAUUUCAGAACAUUUUAAAUCUUGUAACAAUAAUAAUAAUAAGCUCGAUUGUCCGUACGGAAAUUUGUCUUACAAUUUGUGCAUUACACCAAACAAAAAAAAAACAUUAUAACUAUAAGAAACCAAAGUGUACAUUCACACCAGACGCACUCGAUACUUUGAACUUUGUCUUUAAAAGCUGAAACACACUUUUAGUAGAAACAAAAACAACUAGAAUGGUCAAUAAUUCUGGCAUAAUAAGACAGUGGUAGCAGUGGUCCUCAAAGUGAGGUAGAAUUACAAUCAUGGUCAUGGGAGUACAUGACCAUGUACGAGUCUAAAAACGUGUGCGCUAGAAUAGACAUUUACACUAAGUUUUAUGAAAAUAGACUAAGUGCUAUAAGUACAAAGUACACUGUAGAUUAAUUACACUCUAAACUAGCCACUAGUCACCCAAUAUGGCCGCGAAGUCGUCUGCCAGAUUGUUCUGAUCCUUGAAAUCGAUUACAUUCAUUGGAAUCGAUGUUGUUUUUGAGACUUCAGUCAUGUGAUGUUACGUGGAUAGGGACAACAUGGUGAGGAUGUUUGGACCUUGUACCAUUGCCGGCCUUAAGCAUAGGCAAACUAGGAAGCUGCCUAGGGCCUCCGUUUGAUGAAGCCCUCGCAUUAGAGGUAUAUUUCUUUUAGAGAAUAAAGAGCGAAACUUAUCAUCAAUGUUAUUGUUGAAGUAAAUUAGGUUUUUAAUACAUUGAAUAUUUUUUAUUUUUUUUCGCUGUUCAUUUUUUUAAAUUUUAUUUGGGGCCACCAAAGUCGCUUCGCCUAGGACCUCCAAUUAUCUAAAACCGGCCCUGCUUGUAUAUAACUCGUUGGCUGAACGGUAAAACGCUUGGCUUACGAAUUGGAGGUACUGGUUCAAAUCCGGGUGUAAACUGGGAUUUUUAAUUUCGGGAUCUUUAGGCACCUCUGAGUCCACCCAGCACUAAUGGGUACCUGACAUGAGUUGUCGAAAAGUAAAGGCGGUUGGUCGUUGUGCUGGCCACUUGGCCCCCUCGUUAACCGAGGGCAACAGAAACAGAUGACCUUUACAUCGUCUGCACAAUAGAUUGCAUACAUAACAUAGUUGUCAUAGGAGGCGCGAAUGUAAAGUGAGUCAUGUGACCAAUGUUUUAUAUUUUGCUUUAUUAAUGAAAUGAUUGCCAUAUGUUGCUAUAAGAGAAGCUGUUUGAUUCGCUGUGUGUUGUAAGAACGUUUGCGAUUGGUUGCUUAAUUAAUGUGUACGCUUCUUCACGUGUUCAUUCAAAUACCCCCCGCCAUUUUAUGUUCCCAGUUAAAUGUUCGCCAUUAGCUCUGUCUGUGCCAUACAUGUCACGCUGACCACUAGUUCAGAUGACCGAUGGGUAGUGUCCAGACACCGGAUCAAGGUGUCAAGAUCAGUGUCCGCUGUAUGUGUAUGUAGGUCAGUUUGGUCUGACGUGAAUGAUUCAAAUAAAAGUUAACCCAGUG